GUUCAAAAUGGACAUUGACAAACUGUUGGGUACGAGGUAGCUACCACGAAGGAUUUACUUCACAAGCUUUUGUAAUGACAGGACUAUUCCGCGAGGUUAACUUCAUACAGAAAUUAACCUCUUCUCAAGAAAGUUUCUGCGUGGUUUUCGACAACUGAAAACGCUUAGUUUUUAGAUGGAGUUUGGCGAAUUGUCAGCAGAAGGCGAUGUCGUUACAAAAGAGGUUUCAUCUCCGUGUAGUCAAGGUUAGUUUGUAUUUGAUUGUGAUCAAGCUCCUGAAAUCUAUGUUUAUUUUACAUAUUUGGAGAAGUAGAUUUCAAAGUAGCUAUUGGACGGGUCAAGGUAAAAAAGGUGGAAUGAAUAAGUUUUUUUCGUACCUUACAGAACAUCAAUAAACAUUUUUUUUUAGACACGGUUGACGACCGUUGUGUCAGACAACCAAAAAUAGCAGCCGUACGUAUCAAGUUAUGUUAAAUUAUAUCAAUGCUUUUCUUAUCAUAGAAAAAGUUACCCGAGUAGGCGAAGAGUUUGUUGCCUCGGCUGAAAGAGGAGAGAGGGAAACGGAGCAAAACACGCCACGUGUUGUGUACUCGAAGGUGACAAAUUAGGAACUGCCAACUUUGUAUUUGUACAAUAAAAUUUGUGUCGCUACUUUUUAAGCUGUCAUACGCCUUGAAAUUUUCAAUUUCUUGGAGAGGAUAAGUAAACAGACUAUUUUAUUCAUAAAAUAACCGGAGCAUGUCAGAUUUGUUGGGAUUGUGUGCAAAGUUUUAGUACAACGAGAUAUGUGGUUUAUGUGAUGUUGGUAUGUUGUUUAACUUUUUAGGAAGAGUUACUCAAUUUGAGGGAGUCUCCAGCAUCAAAACUCUGGCCAUCUAUUCUUUCAGAAGAACACAUCAGGUUUGAUACUUUUGAUUAGAAAAAAAUAAAUAGUUGAGUAUUAAAUUGAUACUUUUUUAUAUUAAAGAUCAAGAUACGUUUAUCUCCGAUAAAUUGCCCAUUGUGGAUAUCUUCAGAUUCCAAAUACUAAGUUUUGACCAUUUUACUUCUAUGAGUGUCCAAGACAGAAUUUCUCCCUUCAAUAUCAAUACAAUAUCAAGCAGACAAGUUCUAAAUAAAAAUUUAUUUGUUUACACACAUGUAUUUUACCUAAAUAGACUUGCUCAAUUUUAGCCAUUUUUAUAUUGGUAUCAAUUUUGUACUUGACAGUCUGUUUUUGGCUGUUGUUCGAUUUUAAUCAAGUGAGUUUUUGCUUAGAAUUAUAAACUCCACAUGACAUGCACUACUUCAACCGGAACCAAGUGAAAAAGCAAAUCAUCUUUUUAAAUUAUUGAUACACUUUGGGGCACAGAUACCAUCACUUAAGGUCCUGGAUACAGCUUAAAAUAUGCUCACCACAUAAGAUUGAAUUAAAAUGUGGCUCAGUCUAAAUAGAUUGUCACCAUGAAGAACAAGUGACCAAGAAAAGAAAAACAUAAGUUGUGUGCUCAGCAUAGAAAUCUUUUAAAUGUAUUUGUUAGUUUUUCAAGUCCUGCAUAUUAGCUUUUAUAUGGUAGAAUAUGAUUGUUCAUGAGACAGAUAUCCAGUGAUUUGUCACCUUAGUUAUUGCAAAGUUUCUUGACAGUAACAUUGUCAAGUAUUUAUGUUGGUUACACUAGUCUUUGGUUUUUUAUCAAAAAAGGCAGGGAGUGUGGGAUCCUGAAAUCUGGCACCAAUCUAACUCAAGCGGAAAAAGAUGUACCUCACCAGGAGAGGAACUCAAGAAACAACUCAUGUAAGUAAAAUCAUGGUACACUCUGGCUAUUUUAUCUUUUAAAAAAACCUAAUCCCAGACAAGGAAGCCCCUUUCAUUCUUAACUGACUCCCAUGAGUGACUGAGACAUGAUUUCUCCUUAAAAUACCAAUUCAAUAUCAUGCAGACAAGUGAUAAGGAUAAUUAUUAGAUCCAAUACCAAAUUCUCCAAGCUAGCAUCAUGAGAAUUGUAUUAAUGACAGUUGGGAGAAUUACAAAUGAGAUCUUGGGAGUGAAAGGGUUGACUAGUAGAUCCAUUCAGUGGAAAUGUUUACAUCUAUGGUGCCAUCCAGUUCAGACCAUAUAAUGGGAGCAUACAAUCAAGCAAUUUGUCACUUGCAUUUAAGUACGUGCAACCAGAGCACUAUAUGUUGUAACCUGUCAAAUGAAUAAUCACAUAGUCUGAUUGAAGUUGCACCAGAACCAUAAACACACUUAGUGAAUUUGUGUAUUACCCAGGUGAGUCAAUUUGUCAAACCCAACCUUCAUUAUUAAAUGAAAUUUAUCACAAUUAAGUCUGUUGAAGUUUAUUGAUAAAUAAUUCUUUGUUUUCUGCGCAUAGUGAAUGCACCUUUCUAUUUUUUUAUCUGUAUGAUAAGGGCUUCUUUUUCUUUGGGGGGAUGUUUAAUUGCUAAUCAUUUUUUUUUUUAAUUUAAACAGAACUCUUCCUCUGCCUUAAGUUUCUUUAGGCUUUUAAAUGUUUGUUCAAGGAAAAAACCUCUGUCUAAUAAAUUUCUAAUUUUGGUGGAUUGCCUAGCUUGCCUUAAAAUACAAUUAAAAAAUCAAUGACAAUUUUACAAUAUUGUAAGUGACCUGAAUAAUGACAGAAUUUUUAAAAUGCCUCGAGAGCAUGUCUUUUAGUUUUCCUGCAGAGGUUAGCCAUGCUUGUGUGACACUACCUGACACUAUUAUUUCAUUUCGUCCACUUUUUUUUGAUAUUGCUUUGUGAUCAAGAAGCAUAACUUUUUGUUUUUUUUUUUUUUUUUUAGUAACUAUAUCGAGAUUAAUCUUUUAUUUGUUCCAAAUAAACUUGGAAUUUUUUUUUCAUCUUAGUAUUGAGGAUGGUAUAGUGUUGAGCCCUCAACGUCAAAGCUUUGUACAAGGCUGUCAGAUUCCUCAGAGUGCACCGGAAAGGAAUAACCAACAGGAGAGAGUGAAGACAGGUUUGAGCAGGACAACUGAUCGUGAUAGGGAGGGUAGGAGCAGACUCACUGGAAGGGUGGGUAGAGGAAGGGCCUUGGACUAUAAAGAACGCACACCUCUACAAGAAAGGAACAAGGUGAAGCUUUUGAACUGUUGCUGGUAAUUCUUGUUCUUACUCAAAGCUGAUUUUAUAGCAUUCAGGUUGGAGACAUUUGAGAAAUUUACAAGCAAAAACUUAUCUGUCAUUGAACAUUGAAUUUAGAAGCUCCACUUUUCUAAAAAAAACCAUCUAGGUUAUGUAAUGAGCUUGCCUCCUUAAAGUUUUUUUGCAAAAAAAUGUCCAUGUCCAGCUUUUGAGACAUUUGUCUUUGGCUCUUUGUGCACUUGGUUGUGUCAAAGGCUAGAGCACAACACCAAAAACACUGCACCUUUUUUCAAGUGCCGAGCAUGUGCAUACUUCAAUUUUCCCACCUAAAAGUAUAGCACUCAAGAUGCAGGAGACAAGACCUAUGGAGUACAUUUCUGAUCCAAGUAGAGUAGAAGUUCUACUCUGUGAAAGAGCUUUUUGCAAAGACAGCUCAUUUUCACUUGUUAUUUAAGACCCUGAGUUAUCAUCUUUUGUGAAGCCCAAGCCCUCCUGAACAGCAGUCUAAAAUUCUCCCAGUUGAGCAAACCAACUGAGCUGUUAGAUCGUACUAAGUGUUGAUAUUAGGAAUGCAUUUGAUACUGUAUUGAAAACUUUUCAGGAUCCAGAGGAACCGUCAGGGAAAUAUUCAGGUUUAAGGGAAAAGGAAGAGAGAGGUGAGCGAGACAGAGCUGGUGGAAGUUAUGGCAAGGAGAAAGAUAGAGGAUUCAGGGAGAGAGAUCAAGAUCAAAACCGAAAUAGAGAAGAACAUAGUAGAGGGAGAAAUAUUCAUGGUAUGUAGACAAGGGAAGGCAAGUCUGCCAAUCAACUCUGAGUAAAAACUAGGUUCAACAAUUGAUCAGCAAGGGUUUUGGUCACCAUGACAACAAAAAAAUUUGGGCUUCUAAAUUUGCUGUAUACAUCACCAAUUUGGUGACCUUUAGUGGCAUUUAGCAGCAUGUCAUGUAGUAAGCUUUUAAGUAUCGUUCUAUAAUUUAGUAUAAAUGGUUAAAGUGAAAUGGUAAUUUUGCACUCUAGGGUUUUGUGUCACCAAAUUGCACCUUUGAAAUGUUACACUCUGACAAAGAGCUGAUGCUUGAGACAUCAAUGGUAGAAACUCUUUAUGGUGGCCAAGUUACAUCUUUAACUCAGUUUAUGAAUGACCUAUGAAACAUGAAGGAAGUUUACUUUCAAUUGAUAGUUUGCAUGUGGCAUAUUUGUAUAGAUAUUAGCAAAGUUGAACAUGAUCAAAAUCUUCUUUGAGCUCCUUUUUCUUUAUUUUGUUAAAAUCACAGGGAAAUGAUUUAACCUUGUAACAGUUUUUUUUAGAAAAAUUGAGAAUCAGAUUGUCAUUAUACAAAUUAUUCUUCUAGGAAAAGAUAAAAUAUUAGAGGAAACUCCUUCCUUUAAAAUGUAGAAAUCUUAUAUUAAUAGUAAAUGAUCUGCUCACAGUCAGGAAAAAACAUGUGAAAGAAAUUCAAAAUGAAGAACCAGAAUGGUUUACAUUUGGUCCAUCAAGCCAGUUUGAAACCAUGGAGCUUAAAGGAUUUGAUGAUGACGAGCUUGAAAAAAGAGGUAAUGUGGACAAUUGUUACUUAUCAAUACUUGUACUUGCAACACGCUGCAAGAUUAGUCACUACUACUUAAAUGAAAUUAAAUACUUAAGGUAAUUCACCAGAGUAGAAACUGACAUUGCAUUUUUACCCUUACCUUUCUAGAUCAAGAGAGGCGUAAAUCUGCAUCUGAUGAGCUCAAAGCAAUUUUGUCAGGUACAAUUCAAUUUUCACCAAUUAUUAUUGAGAGCUGUGUCAUCAUUCCAUAGCCAAUAAUAUUUAUGUUGAUGAUUAAUUGUAAGACAAGUUGUAAGUGGGAAAUGCUGUUCACCCUUUAACUCAUGAUAUCUUACAUGUGAAUAACCCCUUUUUAUGGUUGAACAGUCCCUGAAUUUGAGAAAUUUUGAUGUUUUGGUAGCUUAACACCCUCAAGCUAAGAGAUUUGUUAUUUCUAUAUGCCAGUCUACUUGGUGAUAAAUUGAUAUUUUAAGGAUAUUUUGAGGAUAUUUUAACCCUUGCAAUGCCAUCAGUCAUGUCACAAAGAUAUGAUUAAAAAAUAAUACUGCAAAGAAUUUAAAAGUCAUCUUCUAAGAUUGUGAUUGGAGGAUUUGAAUUCGUUUUUUUCAUUUGUUCCUCUAGGUGCCCAGUACAAUAAUGAUUUGAUAUUAGGAAAUGUAACCACAAGGCCUUAAACUUCAGAACUUGCAUUUUUUUGGAUGCAACAUAGUUCCCAGAAAGUCUUUUCCAUUUGUUGUAGACUAUAGCUAGACUGUAAUAGGUGUGAACUUAUUUUAGUUGGUAAGAAAGCCCCCAUGAAUGGUGAAGUAAAGAGUUCUUCAGCUACAACAGGCAGUAGUCCAUCCCAAGAUGGUGCAGGUGACCAAAAGAACAAAAAAACUAAAGAUGCUAAAGAAAAUGUAAAUGGUACAGCUGAUGACAGCCAUAAACAAAACGCCAAGCCUUUUGAUAUUAACGACUUUUUCCUGAGUGAAUCAUUGCUGCCUAUUUCAGGAGGGGUAAGUUCAUCUGACCUCACCCCUUCUUACAUGUAAGUGUCAAGAUAUGACUCACAACCUUCCCUUCCAGAAGGGAUGCGUUAACUCCAACUAGCUGUCUGGUUUGUCUAUUCUCAUUUCCUGUGUGCUAGAUAACUAUAUUGUUAAAAAACUGAUUUUACCUGUAUUAGUUAAAAUAUUCCUCAAGUCAAGGCCUUCCAUCCUUCAAGAAGUAUAAAGAGUCAGCAAAGUACAGUGGCUUAUUAUGUACUUAUUGAUUGAGUAAUUUUUCCUGCCCUGCCUGACUAGACUCAGUCAAUAAGCAUAUUGUCAAAUGACCACUAAGUGUCGAAAAUUUUGUUUCAACCCAGGGUGCUUGGGGGGGGAUGGCUUUUUCUGGACAGGCUCAUGUCAACCAUCAACCAGUCUGUCCCUAGACACUUCAGCUUUCAUGAUGGUUUUCAGUGGGAUUGCACUCAUGGGGCAGUAUGGAUUAUUGGUGCUUGUACCCAUUUGUGUACUUAAUGUAAACUGUAUUUACUCCACUCCACACUGCAACAUUUAUUAAGUGUUUUGGGUUCCUGAUGCUUUGUUAAUUGCAGGGUAGAGUUUGUUUCUCUAGCAAUGAAUUGCUUACUGUGUGUGUGUGUGUGGUGACAGUUAGAAGAAAAAUAAUGACCUCCUAUGUGGUUCUCCUUGUGUUGUUUCAAAACCUCUCUUCCUGGUGACUCAGUAGAGUGUCCACUGUACACUGCCUGAUGAUGCAUUUGAAAGAAAGCAGGGGCUGUGUCUUCUGAGUCCUUUGCCAGAAUCCAUGUCCCAAAUUCUCAUGAGAACCAUAAUCCUACAUGUCUCUAGACAUUAGCUAAAAUUGUUAUUCCUCAAAAGUGGGGGAAAGGUAACGUUUUGAAAAUCCAGACAUUGCUUCUUUUCCUUGAAAGAAACAACAUUAGAGAGCCCUAUUGGGAAUCCUCUACAUUGCAAACGUAAUAAUUGGGGAAAAAAUGAAACAGUCAAUAACAUUGUUUCAUCCAUUAUGUUUUGAUCAGGUGGACCAAGCCAGUAGUCGGUUUCGUCAGUUUUUUGGUCAACCUGGAAGUAACUACAGUAGCAGCAGAAGUGGAAGUCCAGGUAGGUGUACUGGAAACAGCGUUGACAAAAUGUACUCUCUUUGAUUUAACUGUUUCUUCCGCCAUUUUGAAGAAUGGUUCCUCUUUUUCAAAAUGGUGAAAUGAAUUGCUGGUUGUUUAAUUCAUACUCUUAGCUAGGCAUACACACAUUAUUGGGAACAAAAUCUGACUCCACUUUUUGUACACACAUUUUUGAACGGCUGGGCGGCUUAAUUUUCGAAGCUUUUUUCUCGUUUGUUUCAGCUGAAAGAAAAUUUGCCUGGUAUUUUUGGAACGUAGCCUGAAUCAAACAAUUUCUAACCGCCAUCUCCAUCAGUAGAAAUAACACUAAGCUAAAGUUUUUGAUACCUGUCAUUUGAAACGCUUGCUUUCAUCCCCUGAGAAUCAUAUUUCUUAUCUAAACAUUGUUUUAUCACGUUCACUAUCCUGGGGAAAGGUCUGUUGCAUAACCGAAUAAUUGAACAAAUGCUUUUAAUAGGUAUUGCAAGUGGUGGUACAAACACACCUCGGACGCCGUCACCAGGACCAAACUACUUAUUCUCCCCAAUUGCACCUUCAGUAGUUGAUGGUGUUGACUCUCAUGGCCUGGCGCACAUGCUACAGAGUACCCGCAUCAACAUGCAGCCUUUUCUGGAUGAGGUUAUGUCUGUCGGAAAGGAAAGCAAAGUUAAAGGAUCAGUCAGGUUGGAGGACAUUGAGGCUGAGGUCACAAAAGAUGGCGUGGACUUUGCAAAGAAAGAGACUAGUGACUUAGAACAAAACAAAGAAAAUCUCAAAAGGGGUGACACAACUAGCUCAAAGGAGGAAAUGUUGGCAUUUAAUAUGCUUGUUGAAAAGAUGAAGUCUUCAGGGACAUUGCCAGAGAAGCCUCAGCCUGCGGUAAGAUGUUUUACAGCAUUAUUUUUCUAAGUUGAAUCUGUAUUACGGAGCAACACGGGGGGGGGGGAUAGGGGAGAGAAAGAGAGGGGGAACCAUAAGGUUGCCACAUUGUUAGCAAUAGUUCUUUUCUGUCUUGUUCCUAUCUUCGUGGCUGUCUAAUAGAAUUAAAAUAUGUUAGCUUUGUAGGUUAUGAACGUUCUGUACAAGCGCGUAUCCGUGAUCUGUUUAAUUUUAUAAUAAAGUUUGGAUAUAACGCGUGCUGUCCUUGGUUGAAAGAUAGUGUUCCAACACAGUACAAAAUACCGAGCGGAGCUAAAGCUGUCUUGCCAUCUUCCAAUUUAUACAGUUUGUACUACGCCUCGUGUUUCCUCCUUUGCUUCUUUUGUGCUCUAGCCGCUUCCUACGUGCUUUACAACAGAACAGAAUACAGUCAAGGCUUCUUAUUUGUGAAUUAAAAUGAGGCAGGAGAUAUUGUCAUUGACUCGUUGAAACGCAACGAAAGAUUACCAUAACUGAACUGUAGAACAGGUAAAGUCUGUAAGUUGGUGGCGAAAUAAUUCAUUUCUUCCUGUGUGAUAUUAUUUACUCAAAGAUUCCGGGAUUACCGUCCCGUUUACUACCAAGACCACCAUCUCCUAAACGUAAAACUCCAAGAAAUACACCUUCUCCUUAUCAUGAUCUAAGACGUUCACCCUCACCUGCUGAGCUGCUGAAACGGAUGACUAUGCAGGGAGCAGUAUCUGAUGACAGGCCCCCAUCACCAGCCCAGGUGGUGCCUCAGAUGCACAGACCUCCCUCACCUCUAGAGAUGUUCCACAAGUACGGUGCAAUAGGUAUGUGAUCUGCCACCUCUUUUGUGUAGAAGAUAAGUAUCUUGAAUACCAAGGGGCUGAGAGAAAGAUAAGAAUGAUGAUUACUUUGUGGAGGAAUUUCUGUAAUUUAUCGGAUUGGAAAUUCUCAUAUAUAUACCGCUGUGAAAAAUGAGGUUGAUGAAUGACCGGCCACUUGAACCCGUUUGUCUCUGUGUGUGGGUGUCUUUUGUUUUUCCUUGUGCCCCUUCCUCUCCAAAAACAAUCUCCCUAGGCACACAUGUGAGGCUUAAUUUUGAAUGGUUAGGAUCUUUUCUUCUUUUAAUUUACAAUGUGGUUUCUCCCUUUUUAGUAAGCCCAUCUCAUGAUGUGUUUGCUUCUCCUUUGUUACGGCACACACCGUCUCCUCAUGCUAUGCUUGCACAGCAGAGAGACAGUCCUCCACUUGGGUUUGGUGGCGUCAACUUGCAUAACGUACCCCCACACGUCAUGUCGCUGUACCUCGCAGGACAUCAUCCAGGCAUGCAGCAGAAAGGCAACCAGAAGCCACCUUCAAGGACGCCACAAGGGAGGAACACCACGCGAGGAGGCGCCCCGGAACCGCGCAAUCAGUGUGCGCCACAUUCAAAACCAACUUCAGAGGGUCAGGUGGGUUCCCCUUUUAUACCUGAUCGAUCUUUCAUGCCGACAUCUGUGUUGAGAAAGAUACGCAAGGAACAGUUAGACCAAAAGAUGCCAAAGUCUGACGAACAGCCUAAAGUAAGAACUUCCAUAGCAGUUGAAGAAGCCAUUGCCAAUAACAAAGACCACACGGCUGACCAAGAUCCCUUCCAGGCGAAAGCUAGGUCACAGUCAGGCGAUACAGGUGAAUUAGUUAAGAUGGCGCUCUUCCAACAGUAUGCGACUGAAAACGACGCUCAAGGAAACAAACCUGCUCAGAAACACGACCAUCUAUUGUCUCCAAGGUCCAUGAAGUCAAAUGAUUCACAACCACCCCAAAGUGGUUCGCCAAUUUUGCAGAAGCCAACGGCCUUUAGACCUUUACCUGGCUCUCCACAAGUACCGUUUCUUAGUUUCAAGAGUAGCGGUAUUCACUCUGAACCAGCAUCUCCUCUGCAUUCUUUUAAUCAGAGCGCAGGAUCACCACUGAGACCUGCAAGGCCCCUGCCUCACUCGGAACCAUGUACUCCUCAACGUCAUCCAUUGGCAGAUAAAGCAACUUUGCUGUCGCCUCAGCAGUUGGCGUCCAAAGGUUUGAUGCCAAGAGUAGACAGUAAGCCAGGGGAAGGAUUAUUUGGCCAUGUCACUACCUUGGAGAGUCAGGGAAAAGGCAUUCGCAGUGGCAUCACGCGUGUUGUCACGGCCAAUGAAGGCAGGCCCCUAACGCACUCGUUCGAGCAGCAACCGCAUAGUAUACCAGAGAAGGUGUCUAUGCCUGAAGACGUGUUUCACACGAAGAGAAGUGAGAGUUUGUCAAAAAGUCAUCAUGGUCCAACUAUGCAAAGAAUGAACAGCACCGAGAUGUCGACAUCAUAUGAGAACCUGCCGCCAAAUCAUCCUCAAGGAAUCCACGGAAGUGGUUCGCGACCCACUCCGGCUCAUUUCAUGACCAGAUCGUUUUCAGGACCGCAUGGUCCACGGCCUGGUCCACAUGUACCAAAUGGACGCAUGUCACCGUCAAGUAUGCCAGCAAUGCAUGGUCAUCCUGGUCGGACUCCCUUUAACUCACCUAUGCCAGGCAUGCCGAUGCCUCCCCGUUCUGCAAUGCAUCCUGGUAUGAUCCCACCGCACAUGCAAGCAGCUUAUCUAAGGAUGAUGUCUUCAAGUGGAACUCCCAUGGGCGGCAUCCCCUCUCCCGGAAUAAACCCGAUGUCUAUGAGGUUGCCUAUUCCACACUCGGUGGGAAGGUAUCCUAUAAUGCCAGGACACAAUCCUGCAGCAGCAGCAGCAGCAGCUGCUGCCGCUAUGAUGUAUGGGGGGCGUCCGUCACCUGGAUAUCCAACUGUUAACCCUGCAACGAUGAUAGGAGCUCGUUCCCCUCACAUGCCCCAUCACGUUGGUCUACAGCAGGUCCAGGGGAGACGAGGUAGGUGUUUUGAUCUUUUUUUUCCGUAUUUGUUUUAGUGGCUAUGCGAUGUUGUCUGUUAGUCGCAGAAACUCGGCUCUACUUAUGGUUUGAUUGAUGGGCCUCGACGGGCCAAUACCUAAGUGUUUGAAAUGAUGAACUAGUAUUCCUCUCAGAGUUAUCAGCACUUAAAAGACGAAGCAUGAUUGCAAAUUGGCAGAUGACUCCAAUGGCAUGGCUCGCAGUUUGAAAAAUAUAGGGUGCCAUAAGCACUACACUAAUUCAUAUCCACAACAAGAUAUGUAAACAGCAUUAGUCAGAAGUCGAUCACUUGCGAAAUUUUAGCACAAAAGAAAUAUUCUCCAAGCUGAAAACAUAGAUCCAUGUUAGGGUUUCCAUUAGCUUCAUUACUAUGGGGAGAAGAGUCGUUCACACAACUUUUUCGUCCAGUUUGGCGACACAAGAAAUUAUCGAAAGGAUGGUAGACAAUAAGGCGACUAGACACAAAGACGUCUUUUCUUUUGACAGCACUUGAAUUUUUUCCCACAUGAGUCAUCUGUUACGCUCUCUUGUUUCGACAAUACGAACGUAGAUUGAAACGUUUUAAUCAUGGGUGAAACGAAUAUAGACUGUUGUUGUUUUAUAGUUCCCAGUCCUAUUACGAACCAUCCUCAUCAAUCCCAUUCUCCGGGUGGGUCUGGCUCAGGCAACAUUUUGUCGAAGUGGUUCAGUGAAGAUGUUCUCCAACAGGCCGCCCCAGUGCACAAGGAUACCACUGCUGACUUUUCAAGGAAAGUCAUGUCAGUAGAAGAACUGGAGAGACAGCAGACCGCAGCCAUGAAUUAAUUUAAGCUUUUUUGCGGUAAUUUGGUAUUGAAUGCUUCCAUAAUUAUUGUAUUGGUGAGCGUGAGUUUACUGACGCUGUCGCUGAGGUCUUUCUGACUGUAUUCAUAUUUUAGAUACUAUAGAUCUGUGGCCGUGUGAUUACAUCUUCUUCUCUUCUAAAUUAAGAAAAAAAAAGUUAUUUAUUUGUAAAGCCGUUCGUUGCUAAUUUCACAUGUUUGCUGCUUUUUCGUGCUAGUGAGCUUCAUUUCCACAAACGCUAUUUGUUCAACUCUUUAGGUUUAUUAAUGUACACUGUAUAUAGAAAUCAACUGUGCUUCACGUGAACUGAAAAGAAAAAUGUUGAGAUUGGGGUUCUUCAUUUAAGGGAUUUGUGUAUUUAAAUAAUUUGCUCAAUUUAGUGUCUUUUUUCCUAGUGUUUUCGUUUAAGAACGUUUGCGCUAACUCGAUGUUAGAGUAUCCUCUGCGGAUGAAGGUUGAUCCAAUUUUUCCGUGAAAUCAUUUUCUUUCUGAAUUCUUACUUUAUAAAGAAAAUCCCCAAAAAAUAUAUAAAUGGACAAUUUCUAAUUAUUUUGAGCUUACAAUUCUUUUGGGUUCUAAUUAAGACAUGAGUAUAGGUAUAAAUAACUUCAGUGGCCUUCGUUGAGAAUAGGUCUAACUAUGGCAAUGACAUUAGUGAAAGUCUAUGAUGUAGUGGGUCCUUUAACUCGGUCAAAAGUGAACACGCAUCAAAGAUAUAAUUCUUCGUUCAAUUUCGAUUUUGUAGAACGUAACGAGGCCAUAAUUGUUAUCAAGGAUUAAAGCUCCGAUAAACUUUGGCCAUUGACAUAGGCUUAUCCCAGUCAACCGCAGUCCAAGUUACGAAAGUAAUAUUUACGUCUGAGCGUGAAUGUCCUUCAAUGGAAAAGCUGAUAAAAUGUGGCGAGCAGCUAUGUAUAUUUAUUGGAACAAAAGAAAGUUUAUAUUACAAAAUGGUUUAAUUCACAAAGGACUUAGUUGGUAACUCACGGUGGCCACCAUUUAAUGUAUUUGGUACUGGUAUGGCUGUCGUGACAUCAUGUGAAAACAAUCUAUUUUUCAUCUAUGAUUAAUCAGUCUUGCAUUAUUGCCAAAAGCGGUAGUUCUCAUUCCAUAAUAUUCUAAACGUGGGGCUGCACGAUUUCGGUAAAUGUCAAUUGUUAGCGAGAAGACAGUACAAUUUGGUCGUAAAAUUUUGUAAAAUUAUGCAAGGCAUAUGUUAUCAUGGAUUAUGAAACCUGUGUUAUUGUCUAGACAACAUUCUCCACCUGAAUUAUCCAAAAUGAUUUACUGCAGGCUUCGUUUUCCCUUCGUAUCGUCGCUAUAAUGUUAGCAAAUCAGAUAUGUUAUGGAAUGAAGUUAUACUCUGGGUUCGCCCUUCUGGACCACGUGGAAGUAAAAGAGAGGCUGGGAACAAGAAAGGGAAUUGCAGGAGGUACAUGCUGUGUACAACGAGUACCAUGACUGAUUGCAUUGGAUUAUGCAAAUAAACUUGUUCUCCUGUUAUGUUGUAUGGGAUAUGAGAUAACCUACUCGAUCCGUUAGAGGACUGGACGAUUGUCGGUAUUUGUGCAACUGUGCACCUAACCCAACACCAGUCGACCAAUAACAAGUUCGGGUUAAUGUUGGGUUAGGGGAGGGGUG